UUAUAAGUCUCUGCGGACUCACAGACUCCGCAGACCUGGAGGAUGCUGCUCUUGGGGUCCCCAGCCCUCCUCCUGCUGCUCUGGGGGCCCCUGGCCCUGACAGAGGCCUGGGCGCGCUCCCACUCCCUGAGACACUUCCUCACCGCUGAGUCCCGGCCCGGAUAUCGUAAGCCCAGCUUCGUGGUCGUCGGCUACGUGGACGACACGCAGUUCGUGCGGUUCGACAGCGACUCCGCGAGCCGGAGGAUGGAGCCGCGGGCACCGUGGAUGGAGCAGGAGGAGCCGGGCUAUUGGGACCUGAACACGCGGAAUGCCGAGGUCGCGGCACAGAGUUUCCGACUGAACCUGGACAUCCUGCGCGGCUACUACAACCAGAGCCAGGACGGGUCUCACACGCUCCAGUGGAUGUUUGGCUGCGAAAUGGGACCGGACGGGCGCCUCCUCCGCGGUUAUGACCAGGCCGCCUACGAUGGCACCGACUACCUCACCCUGAACGAGGACAUGCGCUCCUGGACAGCAUCCAACACCCCUGCUCAGAUCACCCGGCGCAAGUGGGAGGCAGAAGGUGUAGCUGAGGAAAGGAGACAUUACCUGCAGGGGGAGUGCCUGGAGUGGCUGCACAGAUACCUGGAGAAAGGGAAGGAGGAGCUGCAGCGCACAGACCCUCCAAAGACACACGUGACCCACCACCCCAUCUCUGACCGCGAGGUCACCCUGAGGUGCUGGGCCCGGGGCUUCUACCCUGCGGACAUCAGCCUGACCUGGCAGCGUGAUGGGGAGGAGCAGACCCAGGACAUGGAGCUUGUGGAGACCCGGCCCGCGGGGGAUGGGACCUUCCAGAAGUGGGCGGCCCUGGUGGUGCCCCCUGGAGAGGAGCAGAGAUACACGUGCCAUGUGCAGCACGAGGGGCUGGCCGAGCCCCUGACCCUGAGAUGGGAGCCGCCUCCUUGGGCCACCAUGGCCCCUGUGGGCCUUGUUAUGGGCCUGGUCAUCCUUGGAGCUGUGGUCACUGGAGCUGUGGUCGCUGUGUUCACUGGAUUGAUGUGGAGGAGGAGGAAUCGCUCAGGUGGACAAGGAUGGAGCUAUUCUCAGGCUGCCAGCAGCGAUAGUGCCCAGGGCCCUGAUGUAUCUUUCUUGGCUUUUAAAGGUAAAAUCCUGAUGUAACCAGAGGACAGGACCGGGUGAUGGGGAUUCUUGGGACAGAGUGAGCCUGCAUGGACUGUUGAGAAUGUCACCACUUACAGCCACAGAGUUGAAUAUUUCAUGAUCAUUUUUUUCCACAGCGUGUGGCAUGUGCCUUGUGGGGGGAGAAGUGAUGGGAGAUUUGUUCUGUUCGUGCUCCCACUUUGUCAUUCAAGAACCUCUGAUUUCUUUCUGCCAAUGGCAUCUGAAUGUGUGUGUUCCUAUCAGCAUAACAUGAGGAGGUGGGAGGCUGGCCCAACGCUCCCACCACUGGCCCUUCUCACACUUUCCUGUCCAUCAGAGCCUGGCUGGGCCCUCCCCAUCCCUGUCUUUACUUGGUGGUGCUCAGUGUGGGACUGAGUCAUGGGAGAUUUAUCCACACUCCCACUUUGUGACUCAAGUGAAAGGUUAGCCUGGUGAUAUGCGGGCAGGCUACAUAGCCAUUUGAAUGCAAAUAAAGAAAAAUGGAAUUUAUUUAAGGAAAGAGAAUGGGGAUGUGAUACCAAAGGGAAGGGCUGCACAGCACUGAGCCUAGGGGAGGUUGGGUGGAUGAUGGCAACACCCACAAUUUUGAGUUUCAUCCUUAGACACAGUCACUGGCCGGAAACUCUGUGAGUGGGUCUGGGAGCUAAAUAGUUGGCUUGAAAGGGGAUGGAAUGCAGGUGUGGGAUCAGGUGCCUUUUGGAAAAUUUCAGUUGCUUAUAUGGUCUCACUCCUGGUGUCUGGCAAGUUUUUCCUGCUCUUGCUCCCCUGUGGUGGGAAGCUUACAAAUGGCCUUUAAGGGUUAUAUUGUCCGAUAGCCCUAACAUCAAGAACCUCUGAUUUAAAAAAAUAAAUUAAGAUUGUUAAUUCUCAAAAACAUAUAAUUACUAUCUGGCAAUAAUACUCUAGGGAAGUAGUUUUCCAGGUUAUAACUUUCUGUAGAAUAUAUUCAUUACAUUCCCUCAUUUGCCUGUAAGUUAACAUGGCUCCAAAAUUUAAAGGCCUGGUUCCCAAAUGAAUGUGGAAGUGUUAAAAUACGUGUGAUUAUGCACACAUUUUAUUCUCUGCACUGCUGUUUUGUUUUAAAUAUUUCAUUUAAAAUUUUUAUUAACAUUACUUGCUUGUUCAAUGCUUUUGUGAUGGAUCAAUUAAAAUUAUUUUCAAUAUAAAAACUAAAAAUAAAGAACUUCUGAUUUCUUUCUGCAAAGGG